CCCGGAAGUACUUUAUUAUUCCUGUCUGCUUUAUGGUGGUGACAGUUGACGAAGAUUAUUUAGCUAUCAAAACUCUUCUCUUGUCAUUCAGCUAGUUUAAAACUGACUGUGAGGUACUUCGGGGUAUUUAUAUAGAGGCAUUAUUGAGGUCCUUCCUGGCUGGCCCAUGCUGAGACAGGGACCUAGAGGAACUGAACGGACUCAACAUGGCCUGUGUAGAGGAGCCCCCUGAGAAGCACUGCUGGGUGUGUUUUGCGACAGAGAAAGAGGACCGCGUGGCAGAGUGGGUGAGCCCCUGCAGGUGUAAAGGCUGUACCAAGUGGAUCCACCAGGCCUGCCUGCAGCGCUGGCUCGAUGAGAAGCAGAAAGGAAACAGUGGAGGAGCUGUCUGCUGCCCUCAGUGUGGCACAGAGUACAGCAUCGUCUUCCCCAAGAUGGGGCCAUUGGUGUACUUCCUCCAGCAGGUGGACAGGGCUCUGUCGCGGGCCAGUCCGUUCGCUGCUGCUGGGGUGGUGGUGGGGACAGUCUAUUGGUCAGCUGUCACCUAUGGAGCUGUGACUGUCAUGCAGGUGGUAGGCCAUAAGAAGGGCUUGGAUGUGAUGGAGAGAGCCGACCCUCUGUUCCUCCUGAUGGGUCUACCUACCAUCCCUGUGAUGCUGGUCCUGGGCAAGAUGAUACGCUGGGAGGACUACAUACUGAGGCUGUGGCAGAGACACUCCUCUAAACUACAGCUGCUAGUUCCAGGUAUAGGGCGUCCAUUGCCCCGUGUGCCAGCUGAUGGGAGUAAUGGAGGGGACCACCUGUCAGUGUCUCGUACUUUGUGUGGAGCUCUCAUCUUCCCCUCCGUGGCCAGCCUGGUGGGACGGCUGAUCUUCAGCAGGGUACCUUCAUCUCUGCAACGCACCGUUCUGGGUGGUAUAGCAUUUGUGGUGAUGAAGGGAGUGUUUAAGGUGUAUUUCAAACAGCAGCAGUACCUCACCCAGGCCAACCGCCACAUCCUCAACUACCCAGAGAGAGAGAGGGACAUAGAUGGAGAGGGACGGAGUGAGGGAGGAGAGGACGACACAGAGGAUAGUGGAAACGAGUGAACACAACACUCCCCCUAACCCUAGAGGGUGAAGGAGGGACGAAGAGGUAGAGCGGAGAUAUAAUAAGUUGGAGCAGAAACGAUUGACAGCCUCCCAGAAUCCUCUCUGUUCCCUGACCGCACACAAAGAGAAACCUGCAAUCAAGCACAAUGUAGUUUUAUUUUACUCAGACAAGGGGUGUGUUUAAGAGGUGUGUUACAUUUCCAAACAGAUAACUUGUCAAAUAGAAAUGCAUUUGUUAGUUUUUUCUUUGAAAGUGUUUUCUCCCAUUGGUGUCUCCUGAACUCAACCAUGCUCUGGUAUUUCAUUGUAAGAUAUCCACCCAACCAUGUGUGUGUGUGUGUUUCUGUGUGUGCGCAUGUCUACACCAGGAGUGUCUAACAUACUGCCCGUGGGCCGGAUCUGGCCAGCGAGGGGGUCGAAUCCGGCCCGUGGGUGCUUUGAGUAUAUAUUAAAAAGAAAAUAUAUAUAUAUAUAUAUAUAUAUAUAUAUGAACAAUUUUUCGCAAGUUUUUAAUACAAGGAAAUAUAACCAAUUUUUAGUGCUGCCCUUUUGGACCUCGUUGAAGACUGAACGUGCCCCCCUGGAUAAAAGGAGUUCGACACCCCUGGUCUACUUUGUAGAACCCUUGCUAUUUUAUUUGCCUGUAAGAAUGAAUUAGCUAAUAAAUUCAUUUGAUUGUUAAAUACUA